CAUGCGCCACAUUUAUGUUGUUGUUUGUGGCGGUAAGAUGGCGGCGCUCGGAGACACCUCAGCUCCGGGGGUGAACGGGUUAAUACAACAAUUCACAGCAAUAACAGGGGCCACAGAGAGUGUUGGAAAACAUAUGUUGGAAGCAUGCAACAACAACCUGGAGAUGGCAGUCACCAUGUUUCUGGAUGGAGGCGGGAUAGCAGAGGAGCCCAGCACCAGCUCUAGUUCGACAGCUUCGAGCAGCAGAGCUCCCCCCUCAGAUGAAGUUCGAGCGCCCAUUCCCCAGAAGCAGGACAUACUGGUUGAACCAGAACCGCUGUUUGGAGUGCCAAAGCGAAGAAGACCCGCUCGAUCUAUAUUUGAUGGCUUCAGGGACUUCCAGACAGAAACAAUCCGCCAGGAACAGGAGCUGCGUAACGGUGGCACGGUGGAUAAGAAACUGAGCACCCUGGCAGACCUUUUCCGUCCUCCCAUUGAGCUCAUGCACAAAGGCAGCUUUGAGACGGCAAAAGACUGCGGCCAAAUGGAGAACAAGUGGUUAAUGAUCAACAUUCAAAAUGUUCAGGACUUUGCCUGCCAGUGCCUGAACAGAGACGUGUGGAGUAACGAUGCAGUGAAGACCAUCAUCAGAGAACACUUCAUAUUCUGGCAGGUAUAUCAUGACAGUGAAGAGGGACAAAGAUACAUCCAGUUCUAUAAACUGAACAAGUUUCCCUAUAUUUCCAUCCUCGACCCCCGUACAGGUCAGAAAAUGGUGGAGUGGAACCAGCUGGAUGUGGCAUCGUUCUUGGAGCAGGCGUCUGGCUUCCUGGCAGAGCACGGGCAGCUCGACGGACCGUCCUGUCACGCACCCCCUGCCAAACGAGCUCGCUCUGAGAGUCUGAUUGAUGCCAGUGAAGACAGUCAGCUGGAGGCAGCAAUCCGAGCCUCCCUACAGGAGACCCACUAUGAGUCCUCAAAUGUCCCUGACGCCCCAGAUUCCCCGCGAUCAGAUGACGACUCUGAUGCAGAGCCUUUCUCUGACAGCGAGGGUCCCAUCUCUGUGGAUGGCUCGGACAGUGAAAUGCCAGAACCCCAGGAAGAGAAAAGUUCUGCCAGCAAACACACCCCAGCCCCUCCCACCACUUCGGCUCAGCAACGUCUUCACCCCGAUAAUUCGUCUUCUUGCCACAGAAAGUCUCCCUACAAAGAAAACAACCACAAUCACAAGAAAGAGGAGAGCAAAAAGAACCACCUGGAGCCCUCAGCUGCCGUUCCUCGUCAUCCUCCGCCUGACGCAGAUUCUGUGGGGAACUCCUGUACAGCAACAGCUGAAAGCGCGGGGCCUUCAAAAAUCAGCACCACCAAAACCUGUGACGUAGACUGCCCUGAUGACAACGGUCCCAAGGCCAGAUUGAUGCUCCGUUACCCAGAUGGACAGAGAGAACAAAUUUCCUUGUCUUCUAAAGCAAAACUUUUGGCACUGGUAAGACACGUCCAGUCCAAGGGCUACCCUAACGAACGCUUCGAACUUGUCACCAACUUUCCCAGAAGGAAGCUCGCCCACUUGGACUAUGACAUCACACUGCAGGAGGCGGGGCUUUGUCCACAGGAGACUGUAUUUGUGCAGGAGAGGAACUAGCCUUCCCAGACACACUCACUUUUUGCUUGUCUGUAUCUCUCUGGUAGACCUCAUCCUUUCACCAAUGAUCUGGGACGAUGUUACCGGCCUUUAUCACAUAACCUUCUGUUCACCUGGAAUUAGGCCCCUGUUUUUUUUUUUUUUGUUUUGUUUUUUGCCAAGACAACUGUUAGUGGAUGGACUACUUUCCCCGCCAUUUCACUAUUCUGAAUACUGACGUCUCUACUGACAGCCUAAUCCUAAUGUAGUGUUCUACAUUUGGCCAGUAAGGUGUUACGGAUGCCAGCACUCUGAUUUUUUUAAUGUGAUAUAUUCUGUUCUGAUGCGGGUCUCAUGUAGUUCUGGUCGUUGAGGCACAUCAGGAUAGAAUACAUAUAAUAUAGCUCAUAUUCAAAUAAAAAAACAAAAAAUGAUGGAUCACUAUUUGAUGAUGAGGCACCAGGGACUUGUAAAAACAGACUUUUACCUCCCAGAAAGGAUGUUAAAUGUCAGAGUUUAUUUUCUAGAUCUUCUUGUUAUCUUCUGUACCUGGGAACAGGUAAAGGGAGGCUCAUUCUUGUUUAUUUUGACCCAAAUUUGGUCUGACAUGGUCAUUGUUUGAACAAUUGUAAUUAUUUGGGAGGCAGGGAUAUUAAGAGAAAAGGUUCGCACAUUACAAGUCAAGUAAACGAGUCAGAUAUCCGUGACACAUAUCUGACAGAAUUGGGUCAAUCUGCACAUUUUUACUCAAGUUUCUAUUGGUUAAUAGGAGACUAGAAGAUUGUUUUUGGAUUUCAACUUUUGAUACAGAAGGGAAUGAAUGAAGGGUGGUACAUCUCAUCAGUCGGACCUACACUGUACAGAGAUGGCUUAGAGAGACUGAUAUUUAGCUGUAGUCAUUGUUUCCUUUCUUUUUUUUUAUAUGCUGCCAAGAAAAUAUGCUGAUGUUGAAAUAUAACCACCAAAACCAA